UGAGUGAGUGAGUGAGUGAGGGACGAUGGCUGAGGCGAGGGUCUCCUUUGAUGUGGACCAGUUCAAAUGUCCUAUCUGCCUGGAGCUUCUGACUGAUCCUGUGUCUAUAAACUGCGGACACAGUUUCUGCAAUAGCUGCAUUCAGCUCAAAUGGAAUGAAGAUGCGAAUACAGGAGUUUACAGCUGUCCCUUGUGUAGACUGAAGUUUUCUUCAAGACCGGUGCUGGGACGAAACAUCAUGCUGGCAGAUAUGGUGGAAAGAAUGAGGAAGAUGAGUGAAAGACAACUGGCUGGACCUGAUGAUGAAGAAUGCUCUGUCUGUGCUGGGGAAAAAUUCAAAGCCAUCAAGACCUGCCUGGUGUGUCUCGCGGCCUACUGUGAAGUUCACUUAAACCUCCACGAUGAGCUGAACCCAGGUGAUAAGCACAGGGUGGUCAAUGUCACGGGCAAGCUUCAGGACAAGAUAUGCAGCAUUCACAAAAAACUCAAGGAUGUUUAUUGCUUUGAAGAUCAAAAAAGUGUGUGUGUGGAAUGUGUACCAGGCCAUAGAGGACACCGUUUCAUCACAAAUAAUGCUGCAAGAUAUCAACAAUAUCAUUUACAUCAAAGUGCAAUAAUGGGAUUGGAACGGAGGAUCAAAGAAACAGAAAAUGCGCUUAAGACACUUCACAAGGCUAAAGAGGAAUUUAAGAGGUCAACACAGGCUCUGGAGAAAGACUGUGAGAAAACCUUUGAAGAUCUGAUCAGUCUAAUAAGAAGACAGCAAUGUGUGGUCAGAGACAUGAUAAAAGUGAGGGAGCAGAAAGAAUUACAGCGAUCAGACAGGAUUCAGACGCACCUUCAGAUGACGCUUGUUGAAAUAAAAAACAGAGCAGAUGAACUAAGGCAGCUUUCAAGAACAGAGGAUGACAUUUACUUCCUUCAGAGAAUGUCACUUCUCCAAGCAGCAUUACAGUUUCAGCCUCCUCCAAAAAUCACAGUCAACAUGUCCAUCUUUGACAAUUUAAAAAGAUCUGUGUCAAACAUUAAAACACAAAUUGAGCAGAUUUUCAAGAACGAAACAGCCCAAACAGAAAUUCAGCUGAUUAUGAAAUCAACUCCAACAACUAGAGAAGAUUUUUUGAGAUAUUUCCAACCACUGACACUGGACUCCAAAACUGUUCAUAAGAAUCUCAUUCUGAGUGAGAAUAACACAAGGCUAACAUGGAUUGAUGGGGAAAUUUUAGAUGGGAAAAAAUACAUUCCUGAGAGAUUUACAUACUUAGCCCAGGCACUGUGCGUGCAGGGUUUGAGUUCAUGCAGUUAUUGGGAGGUGGAAUGGGGAGGUCCACAGGUCUACAUAGCAGUCGCAUAUAAAGGGAUUCAGAGGAACGGAUGUAGCAGUUGUUUGGGUCUUGGACAUAAUGAAAAAUCUUGGAGCUUGUGCUGUAGCCCUUCCAGGAGAUAUGUGUGUCACGAUUUUAAAGAAACUGAAGUUCUUGAACAAAUCUCCACAAGAAUUGGAAUUUUUCUGCAUCACAAAGCAGGAAGUCUGUCCUUCUACAACGUCUCUAACAACACAAUGAGCUUAAUCCACCAAAUCAAGGCCAAGUUUACAGAGCCACUGUACCCUGCUUUUUGGGUGUUUGAUGGCUCAUAUGUAAGACUGGGUCAAUUUUGGGAGAAUGUGGCUCAUCCACACACCAUAAAAGAGAUUAAGGAGCAAAAUAAAAAGGAAUGCUCAGUGCUUUCUCAAUUCUACCUUUGGCACUAUUAAUGACGGGAUCUUAUAACCGCGUGCUUCAGCUUCUCAAGUGUAAACAGAAGUAAUAUUUUCCAGUUUUACAGGUAGAUUGAACAAAAUUACCUGUUAGUUCUUUUUUAUCUGUGCGGUGUGUAAACCCAGAGGCCUUGAUUCCCAUCCUGGAUCACAACACCCAGAAGGAGCAAGUUGUGGUCCCCAUGAACAGUGCAUUUUUUAAAUCAUUUUCUGUUAUAGAAUAUAUGCCCCUUUGAAGUGGACUUUAAGGUUCGUUACUUUGUAAUAUGGUUUUCUGGGUCAAUUAAAAUGUGAGAAAGCACAAAAGUUGCAGCUGAAAGCAAGAAAACUAGUGCUAUAUUAAACAGAUGCUCAGGUGAUAUUUGUAAUUUUCAGAUCACAUUAGCCAUUGUGUUUUAUACUGUGGUGCAUUUAAUUUAACUAAAUGUGAUGUGAAAUUAAUGUUUCUUUCAGAAUGAUUUUUGGUAUAAAAUUGGGCAUUAAUUGUAUGAUUGAGCUUUACAAUGAACACAACUUAUUAAAAUAUAACUCUACUUUGUAAUCACGCACAUCUGUUCAGCUCUGUAAAUAUGCAGGCUUUGUCAGUGUAUAUCAAA